AUGAGCGACAUCACCAUCGACAAGUCGGAAGAGACGCUCAACCGCAUGAAGACUGCGGAAAGUGUCUUCCUUCCUAUUUCUCGCGAGACGUUUGAGAAGCUCUACCUCAGUCCCAAACACCCCUCUGUUGUCGGCGAUCUGCGCAAGAAGUUCGGCAAUCCCACGCCGAUAUGUUUGAUGGGUUUCUUGCUCGCUGCGACGCCGAACGCUUGUAUUUUGAUGGGGUGGAGGGGGGCUGGUGGCAAUGGCGGGGCAAUUCUGUGGGUUCUCUUUCUCAGUCAGUUCAGCGUGUGGAUUUCUGACCUCAUUGAUUCGCGAUGCAGACCGGUCUACAUCUUCUUCGGCGGCAUCGUGCAGCUCCUGGGUGGAAUUGGAGAGUGGAUCAUUGGAAACACCUUCUCCUGUGCUCUUUUCUUUACAUACGGAACAUUCUGGCUCGUCCAAGGCGCAACCCUCAUGCCCUUCUUCGCAACAGGAACAAACUACUCUCCAACUGGAAACUCGCUCGAGGGCCAACAAACCGAGUCCUAUGCUGCUUCUGUCGCAUUCUACUACGUCUUUCUCGCCCUCCUAACAUUCAUCUACCUAAUCUGCUCCAUCCGGACAAACAUCUGCCUCUUCACCGCGCUGUUCCUGCUCGUGAUAACAUUCGCGCUCACGGCCGGGUCCUUCUUCCAGCUUGCGAAUGGGGAGGCCGAGUUGGCGCACCGGUUGCAGGUGGCUGGCGGCGCAUUCAAUCUCGCGCUAUGCUUCCCCAUCUGGCAUAUUUUCCUCACGCAGGUUCUCGAGGCGGUUGAUUUUCCGAUUGUGCUGCCUGUUGGGGAUUUGAGUACGGUUAUUCCGGGCCGAAGUCAGAAAGUAAAGAGAGGUAGCACUGGGGAAUGA